GUUCGUGUGUUGGGGGUGGGGGGGGGUGUUAUGUUUUCAGACAUUUUCUAAAAUAAUGUUAUUGUCAUAUAUCUUGAUUCUUGUUUGUAUGUUGCGGGGGCCUGCUGUACUUUUAUUUGUAGAUACUGACAUCUCUGGAAAACUCCUAAAACAAGGGAACGUGAACUGGGAACAAGUGGGAUUAUUUCACUCCAUUGGCUAAAUCUUUUGAUUUCAGUGCGUUUUCAGUUUUCUUUUCGACUGGAAACCAAACACCCUGAAGAGAGAUGAGCCACCUCCGCUCUUUGUGAGGUUUGUUUGCGAUAAUAAUUCAUACUAUUGAUGAAUUGUUGUUUUUCCCCUGACAGAUAUUUGCUGUGGAGACAUGUCAAAGUUUCCAUGCAGAUGUACAUACUGAUACUGGAAGACUGACUCCUGAAACUGAUGUAAAGCUGAUGGUUUCCCCAGAGAAGACUGCAAACAAGUACUAACAAAUGAUCUUUGUUCAGUGAAGAAGAAAGCCAAGGCUGAUAAAACUAAAACCCUGGACAAGUUUUUUAGAAGGAAGGGAGAAUGGAGAACAUCUCCUCGCACAAAUAUUUCUAUCUUGACGGCUUCAACAAACUCGGAGCGCUGAGGCCCGUCCUGUUCAUCCCGUUCUCCAUCAUGUUUGUUGUAUCGCUGUCAGCAAACUCCCUGCUGAUGUACGUCGUCAUUUCACAGAGAAGCCUCCACUCACCGAUGUACAUCCUCAUCGCCUGCAUGGCAUGUGUGGACCUGAGCCUUCCGCUGUUCAUAGUCCCCAACAUGCUGCUGAGCUUCUUGUUUGUGGAGGGAAUCUCUCUGGCCGGCUGCCUGGUUCAGAUGUAUUUUGUUCACCUGUUAGGAGCUUUCCAGUCUACUCUGCUGCUGUGGAUGGCACUGGACCGCUACUUUGCCAUCUGCACACCACUUUACUACCAUGAACGCAUGGCGUUACUGAGAGUCCUCAAAUUUGUGAUCCCACUUGUGGUCAGAAAUGUGUUCGUGGUCUCGCUGGUAGUGACACUGGCAGGAUCAUUACCAUUCUGCUUCAAAAACACGAUAGACCACUGUUUCUGUGAGCACAUGGCCUUGGUGGAGCUGGCCUGUGGAAGUACCGCCAUCAACAGUCUGGUGGGGUUGAUCUCAGUUUUCCUCAUCCCAGUAGCUGACUUCAUCACUAUCACUGCCUCCUACAUAGUCAUAUUCAGCUCUGUGCUGAGUUCUGGCAAGUCAGGUGUCAAAGCGCUCCACACCUGCGUCACCCACAUCGUGGUCAUGACUGUCAGCCUGACCAUCGUACUCACAGCUUUCCUGUCGUAUCGUAUCAGGAACGGUCUCCCUGCAGCCAUUCGGGUUUUCUUCAGCAUCAUGUACUUGUUCUUUCCGAGCUGUUUCAACCCGAUCAUUUACGGCAUCAGAACCACAGAGAUACGACAGCACAUCCUGAAGACACUGACGUGUUGUCGUCAACUUGUCCAAACGGUUCCCCAUUCUUAAGAGAGUGUUAAAAAAUAUUUUAUAUGAAGUAUCUCUACUCUAUAAAAGCUCAUUUAUGCCAGGACAAGAAAGAAGAUGGUGAGAAGUUAGGAAUCACAAAAAUAGAAUUGGUCAAGAUUAGGAUAAACUAAUUAACAUAGUCAAAAUUAUGAGAUUUUGACCUACUACCUUUGACUUCACAUCAAACGUGACUUAUUUUAUAAUUGUGAUCCUGAGGUGGGUACACUCAUCAGUGAUACCUGGGCUCAUCGAGUGUUUCAGAUCUUUUAAAACGCCCUUGCCCAAAUAACUCAGGUUUAUCAGACCUCAACUUGUGCCCCAGUUAAUCCAGAGGCAUCUGGACGCUCUUUCAGCGGCUUCCGAUGUUUCCUGGUGACUCUCAUCUCUGCUGCCAUCCUGAUGCCCAGCAUCUUGAAUGCUCCAGUGGCCAGCAAGCUCUCCAUCCCUGCCUCUGACACUGCUCUCUCAGCUCCUGACAUUCUGCUGUGCAUACGUACCAUCCUGGUGGUCUGUACCUAAUUGAUACCUGCCUGUACCUCCUCCUGGACUACAUGCCAUCUGUCCCUGACAUGAGCCUUGUCAUAAUUUAGGA